UUGUCAAUCGACAGAAACGGUGUUCGUUUGGUAAAUUAUUUCACUCAAUUUCCUAUAGUAUACAGGAUAGAACGUUGUUCUAGUAAGUGACAUCCGAAUUACUUCAAGUCAAAAUGAAGUACUGGAAAGGUAAAAUUCUAGUGAUCGUGAUAGUUUGCCUAAUCGGGGUGUUUGGAGAUGAUACAUCGAGUGAAUCUUCGGAGAAUAUUACGACUACGCAGGUAUUAGCGGUCAGCCGGCCUCCUCUAGGGGGUUUCGGAGGAAUCGCGACGAUCCGCCGAGAAGACCUUACGAAGGAAGAACACGUCAAACGAAUUGACGCUAUCUUUGCCGCUUCGGGAGGUGAUAAACCGAAUAAUCCGAAAAUUGUCAGUGGUACCGAACAGUUGGUCUCCGGAAGCAAGUACGUUUAUACCAUUUCUUAUGCGGCCAAUGGUGAUUGUCAAAUAUGCGAAAUAUCCGUAUGGGAACGGCCAUGGUUGGAGCAAACUGAACCCGAGAAGGCGUACAUCUACGAGAAUAAGUGUAAUAAUUUGGUAGAAUAAGUUACAUGACAGAUUAAGGAUUGAUUUUCCUAGUAACGAUACGGUUUACUGUGUAAUUGAUAGAUAUACUAGAGUUGACGAUUGAUACAAACUGGCACAAACACUGCAUUUUUAAUUACCUAGUUUUAGGAAGAUGAAGUUUAUGUUACGUAAUCGAAGUACGCCUAUCUUCAAAACAUUAUAAAUAAACUAUUGUUUAUUUGA